GUCGAGGCGAAAAGAAGGAACCACAGCGGACAGUCGGUCAGGAAGGCACACACUGGUGCCGCUGGUUUGAUCGCCACAAAGUUCAUGAAGUUGGAUUAUUUUUUUGAAAGAAAGAGAAUAUAGCCUCUUGUCGAUUUUAAAGAACAAUAGAUCACGGAAUUAUUUGGAUAUUUAGUUUGUGAUGUUCUGGAGACGAUUAUUGGACGAUGUUUUCGCUGCUUUGGGGAGGUUUUCCAUGUAUGAAGUAUAUGUUUAUCUAUUCCCAUAUAGGCCAUUUCUUUUUAUUUCACUGUCUCCAAUAUUUAUACCGUAGCUGCAAUUAACAUGAUCUUGCAUUCCCGUUAAUUUUGACAAAAUGAAGGACAACACGGACUUCGGAUUGCCACCCAAACGCGAUUUUUUUGGCAGUUUAUGAAUGCAGCUGUAAUCACCCAGGGGAGCCUCAAGUAGGCUACUUAAAUGGGUCCAUCAUGAGAACGAGACAAUCAAGCUCCUUUAUGCCUCGAGAUCAGCUGCAGUUUCUGCACAUUGUCUGUUAUGAAUAGACCGAUCUCCAAUUGAGCCUCUUCACUUCAGAUUUUUCGAUUUUCGAUUACAGCUAUUGAAAUUAAAAUGCGCCCUUUUUUUCUCUCUCUCUCUGAGCUUGGUGGCUCGGUUGCCUUUUCUUGAUUGCCAGAUGAAAUUGACACUCGGGUUGCCACUUAUCAAGCGAAGCAUUUCAAUCCACCGCUAAUUGCAGAUAGUGCCAUCCUUUCUUUUCACUGCGUGUGAUUGCAUGGGAAUAGAGCCUCCUAUAUUGCGCACAAGAGGAAUGAUCGAUCAAAUAUAAGGUUUUUUCCCUUCUAAUUGCAUCAAAAUGUCUUUUGUUGCCAGGGUUUAAAUGCACGAGAAACUGUUAUUCGUUGUUUUGUACCGGAUAUAGUGUGGGUUGGGGCAGAGAUGCGUAAUGCGCAGAGCAAGCUCCAUCUUCUCUCCAAAUAGGCAGCGUUCAAGACCCGAAAAUGUCUAAAUCGGAGGUGAAGAAGGAGUCCGGUGAGUUCAGUCCGUCGGAGGCCGCCUGCCACUGCUCUCCUCCGGCGGCCAAGAACCAGUGCGCCAGUUGCGAGAUGGAGAUCCAUGACCGAUACCUACUGAAGGUCAACAACCUGAAUUGGCACUUGGGGUGUUUGGAGUGUUCAGUGUGCAGAGCGUCGCUGCGCCAACACAACAGCUGCUACGUGAAAAACAAAGAAAUCUACUGCAAACUGGAUUAUUUCAGUAGGUUCGGCACUAAGUGCGCCCAGUGUGGCCGGCAGGUGUACGCCAGUGACUGGGUUCGGCGGGCACGGGGCAGCGUGUACCACCUGGCCUGUUUCGCCUGCUUCUCCUGCAAGAGGCAGCUGUCCACCGGGGAGGAGUUCGGCCUGGUGGAGGGAAGGGUGCUCUGCCGCAGCCACUACAACAUCAUGCUCGACAACCUCCGCAGGGCCGCAGAAAAUGGCACAGGACUGACUCUGGAAGGAGCAUUGCCCUCUGAUCAGGACUGCCAACCAAAACCAGCUAAGAGGGCGCGGACAUCGUUCACUGCUGAGCAACUGCAGGUGAUGCAAUCUCAAUUUGCUCAGGACAACAACCCUGACGCUCAGACUCUACAGAAACUGGCAGAAAUGACGGGUCUGAGCAGACGAGUCAUACAGGUUUGGUUUCAGAACUGCCGUGCCAGACACAAAAAGCAGCCCCCUCAGUGUGGCUACUCUCAGAACACUCCGAUGUCCAGGAUGCCUCCAUCGCUGCCAGACGAUAUCCACUAUUCACAGUUCAGCAGCCCGGACCGACCACAUCUAUUCGCCCUGCAUGGAUACCUGGACACUCAUCCCUUCUCCGUCCUCACCGCCCCGGGCCACUUGGCCCACCCGUCCAUCCCUUUACCACAGCUUCCCAUCAGCCGCUGACCUCCUGCGUCUCCUUUUUCGCAUCGUAACCACUCUGAUGUAGUGAAAA